AUGGAGAAAGCGUGGAUCCCAAAAUAUGACCCGGUACCAAGAGGUACUACAUGGCCAAUUCCAUUAUGGGACCAAGACGAAAGCAUUAUUGCGGAGUAUAUGAGAACUUUGGGAGUGCGAGACCCGGAUAGGGCAUUACGCUUUUCGAAUAUUGCAGGGGCCCCUGGGAAGAAGCAAGUGCUUAUUCCAAGCGAAGUGGUAAACGACGAUGAGUUAAAUAUCUAUGGUGCAUGUUCGGACAAUGAAAUGUACACGAGAGCUCUUCCUGGACCUCGUUGGCAGUAUUAUGGCAUUGCUGGAGACCCUGGACCGGAAGACGGAAAUCCUCCAAGCCUUACAUUAGAGCAGCUAAUGAGUGGGGCUGAUGCAUUUUUUGACCAAUUCCCGACCCACUGGAGCCAGCAGAGACCGUGGAUCGGGUGGAGCAGCCUGUGGGGUCAGCGGAUUCAGCGGGUUGGGCGGGGUCGGUAUCAGGUGGGCCAAGACCAGCAGGGCCAGCAGGGCCAGUCGGACCAGCAGGGCCAGUCGAACCACCAGGAGCUUUCUGUUUCAGAUUAUACGGUCUAG